UAUAGUGCGUAUUAUACUCAUUAUUGUCUUUUGAGAGUCUCAGACCAGAAUCAUAAAUUCUAGCCUCUAAUUUAAUUUCGGUGUCAUUUGCGACACAGUUUUUUAUUAACUAAUGCGGCUGUUAACGCUCAAGUAAUGUUUGUCACUGGUUUUUGUUCCAACAAAUAAUUUUUGAAUGAUUAAUUAUAUUUGUGAGGCGCAGUAUAUCGCAACACCAUUGAGCUGAGAUGACAGCUGUCAAACAAAAUCAAGAAGACAAUCGAACGCUUUUCAUUCAGUUCAGAGCGAUUGCAUUUCCGAAUGUAAAUAGACGAUAACAUGAAAUAACUAAAUUGCGGCAUUCAAAGUGAUACAACAUACGCUUUUUUAUUGAGCAGACAGUAACAUGUGUUUCUUAUAGGAAGCGCCGGGCGCGUGAGUGUUUGCGGUGACUCGUGUCAUUGAUAUUGAUUUCUUUUAUUUUCUGAGAGAACGACGCGAAAAUGAUUUAACCAGACCAGUGGGAGUUUCUGACCCGGUCUUCUAGUCAAGUGUGACAGUGGUGGAGACAAUGUUUGGAGUUGAAUGCUAUGUGUGAUAAUGUGCAGACAAAAUGAAAACUAAGAGUUUUCUGCUGUUUUCGACAUCGGUGUUCGCAAUAAGUAUAUUUCUGAUAGUAUUCCACUCACAGCCACCACAGUCUAUCCAGAGUAUAGUAACACAAACACACCAGCACAUCAAAGACUUUCAGGCGUCAUUGUCCCUGCAGGAGAACCUGCGGGAUGUGGAAGAAAACCACCUGGUGCAGGAGGAGCAGUACGCGCGCCUGCUGGGGCUGGACGGGCGCCAGGAGCCGUGGCACAACACCUCCCUGCCUGCCAUUGUCACCUAUGCGCGGAACGACGCGCACGCGCAGGCAGUCAGCUUCGUGCGCGCCGCCGCCAAGCUGCCCUACACUGUGCUGCUCUACAAUUUAGGGCUCAAACCCUAUUCUUUGGCUGUUGUGUCAAACUAUUGCAACUCUUCGAAAUGUGCCAUCAUCGAGCUGGACUUGGGCGCUUUCCCCUCGCACGUGAGCGACGAGAGCAUCCACGCCGUCAGGCCGCUCAUCAUACAGCACGCGCUGAGCCGCGUGGGUGGCGUAGUGUUCUGCGAGGCGUCGCAGCGCUGGGCGGGCUCGGCGGGCGAGCUGGCGGCGCUGUGGGCGCGCGCGGCGGCCGGCGCCGGCGUGCUGGCCUGGCCGCGCCGCGCCGCCGUCACCAGCCUCACGCACCCUCGCAUGUUCCACUACUUCCACGCCAACAUCGACGACUUUCUCUUCGUGCAGAUGCUCGACCUCACGCGCCUCGUCGUCGUCAACAAGCCCGCCGUCACCGACAUCAUGCGCCCCUGGAUCCAGUGCGCGCUCACACUUGAAUGUAUCAUGCCCUUAGGUGCUCAGUCGGUGGGGUGCAGGUUCGACAAGAAGCCGCAGUACCGGUACUCGGGCUGCCACGGGCAGGACGCGUCCGCGCUGAGCAUCGUGCUGGGGCUGCGCUCGGGCUUCGAGGAGAGCUCGUACGCGGUGCGGGCGGGGCGCGCGCGCUGGCGCAGCGUGGCCGAGGCGGCGGCGCGCGCCGAGCUGGCCGCGCUGCUGCGCAACUCCACCGACAGCGACGAGCGCACCGAGCACAGCGCGGACCCGCUCACCGCGCACGCCGCCGCCGCCGCCGCGCUCUGAGCAAGGACUAAUAUACAUAUUUAUUGAUUUUUAAACUUUGAAACGACAACUAAUGUUAAGAUGAUAAUUCGAUGUGUUAGUGAGACCAAAAUUAUUCAUUAUUAAAUAUCAUUCCAUUUGUUAAAAUUACGCCAAAAAGUAGGAAUUUUGUUAAUUGAAUUUUGAAAAUUCGUGGAGUGUUAGUAAAUUAGUUAAAUAAUUAUUAGUAGAAUAAGUACAAGAAUUAUAUUUAAAAGAUGAAUAACAGCAAUUCAAUAAUGACUCAUUAAAUUUGGUAAGGGGGAUUCGUAAUCCGUACUGUGGAGUCAUAUAUCAUGCUACGCGCGCGACUAAGUUCACUAAGUAGUUCUCCUACAAUCAAUACUGAGUACAGUGAGUACAGCAACUCAUACAUGUAGUAUGAGUUGGUGUUGCCUCGGACGACGUCGCGCUCCGGCUACAGACACGGUGAGCCGCCUCACGUCAGUGCGUGAAGCAGCGCCCAUCUAUCACCAUCAGCCGAUGAUCCCAGUGCGUGUCGCACCUUACGUCAAAUGCCAUAUCGGGUACAAAAUAAAGUUGUUUUCUUUAAGUAUAUUAUGAGGAAUCUCGCGACAUGAUUGUUACCUAAGUCAAUUGUUUGUAUUGAUAUCUAAAUUCUAAAUGUUUAUAGCAGUAUUAUUUGUUAAAUGAGUUCAUUUAUUAGGACAAUUAAGUGGCUCGCCUUCUGAGGCGGCCGCUGUACACGUAGCGGUGUGGAUCGAUACGUGAUAAGCUAUCGUUUACCAUUUGUUAUAGUAGUAUUAGUAUUAUUUAUUCAGUUACAAAAUAAUACGCACGUUAGAGCGGCGUGGGCGGCUCGGCGCUCGUUCUACUUGGCAACAGCCGCGAGCGAGCGCCGCGCCGGAAUAUUCCUCACAUGGACGUGCUCGAGCUUACUAAACCGAGCAAAUGUUAUUCUAACUUCUACAUACUUUGUUGAUAAAUAUUCAUUUAUAGGGAAGAAUUGUAAGCAAUCACAGAGCAGUUAGUAGCCAUAUAUACUGGUUUCGUGAUAGUAUAACACAUGUGCUACACAUAUCUAUCCUUUUGGAUAUGUCCGGGCGAGCCCAGCUACUAUUGUUAUCUGUGACUAUUGCUGUGGCACGUCACUUCAGGAAUAUUCCCGUUAACGUUUAGAACACGCCGACUCCCACUCCAUCCCAGUGUAACUCACGUAACUGUUUACAGUACCCGUCUCGCGGUACUCCCACAUCGUCACCCAUGCGGCGUUACUGAUGUCGUAAUGUCUAUGAUAUUGACGUCACUUCUCCAUUCUUCGUUGGUUUCAAAUUAUGCUCUGCAAAAGAAGAUUCAAGUACAAACUAAUUUAAUGCGAAUUAUAAUCAUGUUUUAAUUACUAUCUUGAGCGCUCACAGUUAAGGCGUUCUGAAAAUUGAGUUUUAUCUUUACUCCAUACAAAAUAUGGGCCAAAACUAACAAAGUAUUCAUUAGUAGCUUCGUAAACAAUUGCGAUACGAUUUCCUGAAUUAGAUGGUAACGCUUCGUAGGUUCUUCACGUAUGUCUGGUUUAAUAUAAUUGUAUAUCAAAGUAAAUUAAUUAAAGGCUUAGCUAUAGGAGCAGCGUGUAACAUGGGGGCAGAGGUAAAACUCAUUUAUUACUGACGAACAAGUCGAAUGAAGGAGGUUUAAUAUAAUGUUUUCGACAGCUGUGAAUUUAUCUAGGAUCUUAUUUAUGUAUUCAUUUGUACAUAGAGAAUUGUACAUUAGACUAUUAUAGUAAACGUAGUGCUCCAAUUUUUCGUAAAAUACUUAGUUAUAAUAUAGCUAUCGUACGGUCGUUUGACGGUCGGCGUGUAUUUAGCAUUUUUAUUGCUAUUCAUUAGCAGUUCGCGCAUUGAUACUCAUUAGUCAUAAUUAUAUGUACGAGCCUUUAUCGAGCAAUAUUAUAUUUUUACAUUAAGUACGCAAGUGGGGCAUUUGAUCGAGCUAUUUGGCAGGCAUUUGAAUUGUUUAAACACUUUUUAGAAAUAGUGUAGGUCGAGUAAACACGUGUUAGCAAUAACGAAUACGUAUGACAAGUGUUGCGGCGGCGGGCGCCGGCAGCCCGGCGGGUAGUGGUCGGCGAUACAUUAUAUUUUAUACAACCAUUAAAAUAUUAUUCUCACUCGUAUAAGUAUUGCUCUUGUAACGAACGGUGCAUAUCGGUGUUUUAUUUUUAUAUACAUUUAUUUAACACCAGGUUUGGUUGUGAAAUGGUUAUCAAUUUAGUUACUUACGCACGACUUAUUUAUUUUGCAACGUCCAAUGUGAUACGCGUGUACGUUUAUUGACCUAAAAUUUAUAUGUAUUUACAAACAGGUUUUAUAUAAAUUAAAACCAGUGAUUAUUGUAGUAUUGAUAUCCCACAUGACAUAUAAUUUACAGUACUUAAAGACUCCACUCCACCAUGAAUACUAGAGAAGCAUUGUUAAAUGUAUGUUAUAAUUUCAUCCAUUAAUUCAUAAAGUGCAUGAUUAUCAAAUAUAUGAACAAUUUUGUGUAGACCUAUACAGAUUUAUUUGAAGUAUUUUCGAAUGUAUCAUCUAAUGUAAGGAUUUCAUCGUUGCAUAACGCAGCUUAGUGUGACCAAACUGAAUCAAGUUGCCUACGCUCGGUGAAUCUCGAUAUAAAUUGUAAAAUAUCUCUUAAUAAUCUUUAUUUUUUCCAAACACAUUAGCCGCAUACCAUGGUUCAGGAAUCUACGUGAUACUUGUCAAUUUGAUAAGGAAACCUUUUAACUGUCCUAAAAUAUAGGUACGCGGUGCGUUAUGUGUUAUUCCUGUGAAAGGGUAAAUGUAUGCCAGACUUAUGCUCAUGAAGCAAGCAAUAUUAUAUUCCGGCAGUCAAAGUGGGUAACUUAUAAGAGACCCCCGUAGCAAUUAAAGCCGUAUGUAAGCCCUAUUCGAUACACAUUUCGUUAGUAAUGAGAUGCUGAGAGCUACGAGUUGCGCACAGCUCUUGUCACUGGUUACUGUUGCGUCGCGCAUGUCGUUUCAUUCACUAGUUUAUAAUGAGAUCUAGUCCUAAUGCUAAUACGUAAAAUCAUUACAAAUUACAAAAAAAAAACAACUCUAAACGACUUCAUAUUCACACCAUCGGCGCCGCCUCAGCGCUAAAUGCAAUAAAGUUGUGAUUUAUGAUACGUUUACACGUUUUGAUGCUCUACGCGACUAUUAAAAGCUUUUCCAUGAAAAAAUACUUAAAUAAUAUUAAAAGCAAGGGUGUUAGUAGCGCAAUCUGCAUUUUACUACUUAAUAGUUUAAUACAUGCCUGCGUUAAUCAGUCACUGUUUGAAGCAGGCUACGCUUUAGAAUAUUUUGUCUAAGUGUGUGAGAGACCUACAGACAAAAUCAAAAAACCAUUUAAUGCAUACUUUUGAUGUGAACAUACUCUUACGAAUAGAAUUCGUAUUAAAUUUAUACAGUUUUAUCCACGUUUAUAUGACCACGUUUGGAAUUAGUAUUAUGCCAGAUGCAUCACAUUGUUGUGAUAACAUUAAAAUAUUAGCUGUAAGGGUUUUCCAUGUAGAUAACGAUAGACAAUCUUGCUGAUAUGCAGUCUAAACCAACAUUGCAAAACGGAGUAUUUGUAUAGUUUCCUCGCACUCUGCCUCUAGUUAGGUGUAAUUAUAAAAUUAUAUUGAAAUGCAACUGUUGUGAUUAUUAUUUUGUACGUUAUUUUUAGACGUGAUACUUACCGUUAUUUGCAGGCCGAAUGCUUAAUUAGGCUGGGACAUAACAACAUUGGCACUUAUAAGUACAUUUUAUAAAGAUUUUGUUAUGUUGAAACUAUAAUCUAUUUUUUUAAUAUAAGUACAUACCAAAUUAUUUUUUGUAACUUUUAUAAAUGUAAUAAUUAACCUUUUAUAAAUAUGUUCAGAACUGGUGUAAUGUGAUAUAUCAAUUACCAACCAUAAUAAAAUCCUAAUGAAUAACAAAGAUUUUGGUAAGGAGGCGCGGUGCCGGGAGGGUGACUCCUUACGGGCCGCGGUGAGCUCGCUGUGGCGGCGAACGGUUAUCCUUCACCAUUUCCGUGCAUUAUUUAUACCAUUAUUUGAACAGUUUAACACUUAUGUGCAUGUUCGAUGUGAAAUGCUUCUGAAAACAAAUAAUUAAAUAUGUAUCGACUAGUAACGAUGCACUGUUGUUAUUUAUUGUCAUUACUUUUACUGGGUCUGAGAUCUGACUAAAUGAUUUGUUACCAACAUUUCUUUUAAAUUUUUUAAGGCUAUUUUUCUUUGUCUAGUUAAUAAGUAUGUUCCAUAAAUCUUAUGGUUGAAAUUCAUAAUGAGUAAGCUUAUCAAAAUACUACCUACUCAGACCAAAUUGACAAAAAUGAACAAUAAUAAUUGUGUAACUGGGUAUCUAUGUAAAAUAAUUGGUGUUUUUGUAACAGCUCUGUAAAAUAUUUUUCUAUUGCAUAAUUGCAUAAUUACAUAACACUGUAAUGAAAGUGUGCAUGUUGACGCAACAGUUGCAUUUCCCGCGUGUCCCGCUCCGCGCGGUCGUGCGCGCGCUCGGCACGACCUCGGACCAUGUUUAGCGUAUUUUUCAAACAAAUGCAGCUUUUACAUACGCAUAUCUUUAUCGACAAGUGAUAAUUAUUUAUUAAACGAUGAUUACAAAAUUGAA